GAUUGUGGGUCAAACGUCAGCCCGCCGCCAUAUCUGUCUUUCUGUACCGGCUGAAGGAGAGAGUCCGGAGUCAUGAGAGGAAUCCGCUCUCUGAACAACCUCCCCAAACGUUGCUAUGCCGCCGCCAGGAGGAGUGCAGCUCUGACUGAACCCCUCUCAGGCCGUGCACGGCCCUCAGCGCCACCUCUCCCUCCCCAAAAUGUUCAGGUGUCCAAGCUUCCGAACGGUCUGGUGAUCGCGUCGCUGGAGACCAACUCACCUCUGUCCAGCGUUGGUGUGUUUGUGAAAGCUGGGAGUCGCUAUGAGACUUUGGAAAACCAGGGCGUCUCUCACGUGCUACGACUGGCAUCAAACCUGACUACGAAGGGUGCGUCUGCCUUCAAGAUCUGUCGUGGAGUGGAAGCACUGGGGGGCAGCCUGAGUGUGACAUCAUCAAGAGAGACCAUGGUCUACGCCGCAGACUGCCUGAGAGAUCAGCUAGAUUCAUUAUUUGAGUAUUUGGUCAACGUGACCGCAGCUCAGGAGUUUCGGCCGUGGGAGGUAUCCGACCUGACGUCCAGGGUGAAGAUUGACAAGGCUCUGGCGCAGCAGUGUCCUCAGAUCG